UGCGACAGUUGUCACCAUGGUAUCUAUUGGUGCCUGAUCUCCCGCAGCUGACAUCCAGAAAUACCCAACCAAAACUGCCUACCUUAAGUGCGGUCAAUAACCUGCAGCCUAUUCUUGGUAGAUGUGUGCCUGGCACUAAAGUGUUUUUCUUUCAAGGAUAAAGUAAUCAAUGGUUGUGAUUAGAAUAAGGAAUGUUCACAGAAGACACUAUGCCCUUCUCUGUUUUAGUAUCGCCGGGUUUAUUAUAUACAACUAUAUCGGCAUGCAGCCGAGGGUGAGGAGGGUGAGCAGGAGCAAGGGGCUGAGCGCGAACUCCUCCCUGUUCACUCUGGCGGGGGAGGAGUUCCGCGUCCUGGGGGGGUCCGUCCACUAUUUCCGCGUCCCCAGGGCGUACUGGAAAGACCGGCUCCUGAAGAUGAAGGCCUGUGGCCUGAACACCCUCACCACCUACGUGCCUUGGAAUCUACAUGAACCUGAGAAAGGUCUUUUCACCUUCCAAAGGGAGCUGGAUAUAGAAGCUUUUAUCAACCUGGCAGCCGAAGUGGGCCUCUGGGUAAUCCUACGGCCCGGGCCGUACAUCUGCUCUGAAAUGGACCUCGGAGGAUUACCGAGUUGGCUUCUACGGGAUGAAAACAUGAAGCUGAGGACAACGUACCCAGGCUUCACAGAGGCCGUGAGCAACUUCUUUGACAAACUCAUCCCAAAAGUCGUUCCACUUCAGUUUAAAAAGGGAGGCCCCAUUAUUGCAGUCCAGGUGGAGAAUGAAUACGGGUCCUACGCGAAGGACAGGGAUUACAUGCCUUUCAUCAAAGAGGCUCUGCAAUCCAGGGGGAUCGACGAGCUGCUUCUGACGUCUGACAACUACGAUGGGCUGAAGUACGGGGGCGUGGAUGGAGCACUCAGGACUGUCAACAUGCAGAAGCUUAAGCCCGAAGGAUUGAAAUACCUGGACGCUGUGCAGCCACACCGCCCCAAGCUGGUGAUGGAAUACUGGGCUGGGUGGUUCGAUUCCUGGGGCGACCUGCACCACGUAUUCGCGGCAGAGGACAUGGUUGCCAUGGUGAGGAAGAUUCUGAAGCGGGGCAUGUCAGUUAACCUGUACAUGUUUCACGGGGGGACGAACUUCGGCUUCAUGAGCGGAGCGCUGGCUGAGCCGACGUACAAGGCUUUGGCCACGAGCUACGAUUACGAUGCCCCGUUAACUGAGGCCGGGGAUUACACCCCUAAAUACCACCUCCUGCGGGAUCUAUUCAGCCGCUAUCACACCGAGAAGCUUCCGGAAAUGCCGCCCCUUCGCUGGAAGGAGAGUUACGAGGCGGCGAUCAUGUACCAGCACCUCUCUCUGUGGGACGCCCUGCAGUUCACCGGUGAGCCUUUCAAAUCGGCGAGGCCGGUCAAUAUGGAGAACCUUCCCGUGAACAACGGCAACGGGCAGUCUUCUGGGUACACUCUGUACGAGACCAGCAUCACCAGCGGGGGCCUCCUGCGCUCCGGAAACAACGUGCGAGACAGAGCGCUGGUGUUUGUCGACAGACGUUACAUCGGCAUUUUCAAAUACAAGAGCCUGGAACUUGCAGUGCCUGAUGGGAAGGGCAAACGAACACUGAGUUUUCUUGUGGAGAACUGUGGUCGAGUGCACUAUGGGAAAUCUUUAGACAACCAGCACAAAGGUCUGGUGGGUGAUGUCGUACUGAACAACAUCCCACUGAGAGACUUCACAAUUUACAGCCUGGAAAUGAAGCCCAGCUUCAUUGAACGUCUGUAUUCAGCGCCAUGGAAAUUCCACCCAGCCCCGCGCGCCUUCCCAGGAUUCUUCCAGGGCAGGCUGUUUGUGGAUGGCUAUCCCAGUGACGUCUUCGUCAAGCUGCCGGGCUGGAACAAAGGAGUGGUAUUUAUAAACGGGCAGAAUCUCGGGCGGUACUGGGCCAUCGGGCCCCAGCAAGCCCUCUACCUCCCGGGACCUUGGCUCAACAGCGGAAUCAAUCAGGUCAUUGUGUUUGAGGAACAGGAAUCAGACGGCAAAGUCCAUUUCGAGGACUCGCCGGAUCUGGGCAUGACCGUCGACGUUUAGCAAAGAACAUUCCAGACAGACUUUUUUUUGUCAGCUUUUAAAAAAAAUUUUUUUUAAAAAAAUUUAUUUCUCCAGACCUGCUCUUGUGUGGGUGGAAGUGUGUUUGGUUCUGGGAAGACAGCCACGUCCUUUUCAUUUUGUACAUAAUGGGCUGCCUCCGUGGCUUUCUGGGGCCAGCUUCGCGAUGUGCCCAGUGUUGGCGUGUGACGGACGGACCGAUACAAGGUCUAAAGAAGCCUCACGUCCAGGCGGCUGUGAGGUUGGGCAUUUAUUUGUUCAUUCUAUUUUGUAAUGUGCUGAGGAACUCACUAAAAUGACUCAAUAAAUGCCCAUUAUAAACAC